CAUCUAUUUAAACAUCUGCCGAUAAAAAAAAUGUAUCCGUUAACCACGCAGCGCUUUGCUGGUGACUUUCUUCUAAUCUGAUCAUGUAUAAAAGACAAUGCUAUUAUUAAAAUUAAUUCCUACAAUUUUUUUCCACGUAUGUAUUCAAGCCUUUCAUUAUAUAUUUACAAAUGCAAUGAUGUAAAACACACUGGCGGAUGAUGGUUUUUUUUUUCCCGUUCACUCUUUUUUUUUUACGUAUUCGCUGCGGCUAUCUUUUUUACUCGCGCUCCCCGCGUCCGCGUGUGCAUCGUGUCAACGCAUCACGCCGUUCCGAUCUACCCGCGCGUGCGAUGCGCGCAGGAAAAACCUCGCGAUGCAAGCGCACGCUUACUGGGGAAAGGCGCGCGCGUGUGUGCGUGCGUGCGUGUGUGGUUAAAGCGUGGCACAGCGAUACCGAGAAACGCAGUCAGCCGCCAAGCAGCCGGCUCUUCGUCAUCUCACAGAUUCAACUGCGCCGAGAUUGCUCCGUCUCGCUUUGCUCCGGCGUUGCGCGGCUGCAAUUCGGGAAUCCCGUCGCCUGCCGAUGCUGCAUCGCCGUGGGACAGCCCCUUCUAAUUUUGCGAUCAAACUUCUGGAUCCUUGGAUGAAACGCGCCGUUAUAAAUGUAAAUUUUCAUGAUUAUUAAACUACACAGGCGUGUAGUGCUUCAGAGAAAGCUUCUAAUUGCAACGAAACAAAGCUUCCUAGUUCGAGAAUCUGCAUUUUUGUCAACGGGAGCUCUCGUUUUUCUUUAUUAUUUUUCCCUUUCUCUCCGCACAAGCCCCCUCGUCACGACACGUGGAUUUAUUCGAGACGACGUCGGUGGAAAUUCGCGCGUUCCUUUUGUCCGCUGAAGUUUUUUUCUGCGCGAAGCGCGUUUUGAUGCCACCGGGAAGUUGGCGGCGGGGACUGUGACACGCGGAGCACGAAGCCAUGGAGCAGGUACUGGAGAGCCUCCCAGAGCUGCCUGUGUGCACAGGAGCCAAGGACACAGACCUCAUCUUCCUCCGAGGGCUCCUGGAAAGCCCCAUCGUUCAGUCCCUCGCCAAGGCGCAGGCUCGGCUUGAGGAGCCCAAGCUCGAGGCCGUGGGUGAGAACAACCUGGAGCUGGUCAAGGAGAUCCUGGAGGACAUUUCUCCGAUGGCGGAUCAGGAUGGGGGGGCGGCCGAGUUAGCGAACAUCUUAAAUGAGCCUCACUUUCAGUCUCUGCUGGAAGCGCAUGACGUGGUGGCCUCCCAGAGCUACGACAACAUCACGAGCAGCACGGGGAACGACAGCAGCGACCUCUGGAGUGACCCGGCUGCCCUGGACGGAGCUGCUGGAACGGACGCCAUCCGCAUGGUCGGCAUUCGCAAGGUGGAGGGGCAGCCCCUGGGCGUGACGUUCCGCGUGGAGAGCAGCGAGCUGGUGAUCGCGCGCAUCCUGCGGGGCGGUAUGAUCGACCAGCAGGGCCUCCUGCACGUUGGCGACGUCAUCCGUGAGGUCAACGGCCGUGACGUCACCAAUGACCCCGCGGGGCUGCAGCGCUUCCUGCGCGAGGCCACGGGCAGCGUCGUGCUCAAGAUCCUGCCCAGCUACACACGCUCGUCACCCCCGGCACAGUGUGUUUGGAAGGUGUUUGUGAAGUGCUACUUCGACUACAACCCGGAGGAUGACCAGCUGAUCCCGUGCAAGGAGGCAGGCCUGCGGUUCAACCGUGGGGACAUCCUGCAGAUCGUGAGCCAAGAGGACCCAGACUGGUGGCAGGCGCUGAAGGUGAAGGAUGGAGGCAGUGCCGGGCUCAUUCCCAGCCAAACGCUGGAGGAGAAGAGGAAAGCUUACGUGAGGCACGAGUGGGACUACACGGGUGUAUCUGGAGGUUUCUGUGGCGUCCUGGGUGGGAAAAAGAAGAAGAAAAUGAUGUACAUGUCCACGAAAAAUGCAGAGUUCGACCGCCACGAGAUCCUGAUUUACGAGGAGGUUGCCAAGAUGCCACCGUUUCAGAGGAAGACGCUCAUGCUCAUCGGAGCGCAGGGAGUCGGACGGCGAAGCCUCAAGAACCGCCUGCUCGUGGCCAACCCGUCGCGAUAUGGAAUGAUCGUGCCUUUCACGUCUCGGCCUCCGAGGGACGACGAGAAGGAGGGCCAGGGCUAUUACUUCGUGUCGCGUGCCGAUAUGGAGGCGGACAUCCGCGCCGGCCGCUACCUCGAGAGUGGCGAGUACGAGGGGAACCUGUACGGCACCAAGAUCGAGUCGAUCCACGGCGUCGUGCGUACCGGCAAAAUGUGCAUCCUCGACGUCAACCCCCAGGCCCUGAAGGUCCUGCGGACGGCGGAGUUCAUGCCCUUCGUGGUGUUCGUGGCGGCGCCCACGCUGGAGACGCUGCGCGCGAUGCAUCGCGCCGCCCUCGACGCCGGCGCCACCAGCAAGCACUUGACGGACACGGACCUCAAGAAGACGGUGGACGAGAGCGUGCGCAUCCAGCGAGCCUACAGUCACUUCUUUGACUUGAAGAUAGUCAACAACAACAUGGAUGUGGCAUUCGCCAAGCUGAGAGCCGCCCUGGAAGGGCUUGGCAAGGGGCCCCAGUGGGUGCCCAUCAGUUGGGUCUACUGACAACAGCAUUCGUGGCAAAGUCAGGAUUCUUUUUAACAAAAUUUCCUUCCCUUUUUUUAUUUUUUAAAUCGAAGGAGAACUGACGCCGACGUCUGAAGUGUGCGCAGUUGGGCAUGGCGAGAGGAUGGAUGGCGAGAUGUCUUCAGCUGAACAGAUGUGAAAGAUCCUCGAUGGCGAUGGGGUUAGAGGUUGGAAAAGAUUUGUUUUUUGAAUGCCGAUUGCAAACUUUGACGGGAUAAUGUGGGACGAUCUGGGCAUCAAGGCGUGCGGCCACUACUGGAACCUAGCCCUCUGUUUGUGAUCCGAGAAUAUUGGACUUUGCAUGGGUACAUCUGCCGUUGUGUGUGUGUGUGGCAUAAUCCAGUGAACGUGGACAGGCUAGGGGGCCGAUAAGUGAACUUGAAAAAGAUGCUGGCAUUCAUAAAUUAGCCCUCAUGGUUGUAGGCAUUGCAGUAUCUACACGUCUGCCUCUCAUCACCACGUGGCUCAGAUUUCAAUGCCAUUGUGUAUUUCAUGCAUUUUUUCCUCCCCUUUUGGGAUGCUAAACAUUUCUUGAGGAAAAUGGUAACAGUAACACUCUUGAGAUGCUUUCUUAAGAAGUGUUAAUUGCAUUGAGACCUGUGAUGAGAAAACGAAUUAACGUAACUUUAAUCGGCCUUAACUCCUGACCACAGACAAUAUACAUCGGAAUGAAGAUGAAGGAAAGCUGUCCGUACAAUAUUAUGGGACCAUUUAAAAAGUGGAUAUAGUCAGUCCAGAUAUUCUCAACAGGUUUUAAAAGAGCACGACAUUUUUAGACUUAGUUGAAAUCAGAUCUUAUAGACCAACGACAGAUAAAUUCAUCAUAGUGGUUACUAGAAUUACAAAUAAUGUGUGUGCUCUAUAUAAUUUGAAAAUGUCUUCGUACGUGCGUGCGGUGGUGCAGUGGUUAGCGCACUGUGCGACAAACCUUGUGACCAGAGUUCGACUCUUGCUCACGGCCAACACCAGUGACGAUUAUCUGAACCAGUCCUGGGCCUACCCCGAGGUCGACUCAGCCUCAAAUAAGUACCUGGUGGCCAGGCGUGAUGCUGGCCACGUACCCCCUCCUGUGACGUGCCACCCUUGAUAGGUGCUCGCUAACAGCACUUCCCCCCAAUAGCCUGAUGAGACCUGAUAAGGCUAUACGGGUGGUCUUUGUGUGUGCGUGCAUAUAUGCACGUGUGUAUGUCUAAAACGGUAUACAACACGGCAAGAAGUAGGCAGUGGGAAACACAGAAUGUGUAUCUGCCAGUCAUUUCAGUCAGUCCGUUGUCCUUCCACCGCACCUCUGAUUAUCACGGUUGGCUACGUACGGUGCGAAAGAAGUUCUACAUACGUACAACACAACAACUGGUUCAGUCCUGGGGCCUCCUGCCAGAGAGCCUUAGACAUUUUACGUGGACUCAAAGUGAAUUUGGCACAUAUCUGGAGUAGUAAUGGUUGUUUUGAUAUAUUGCAUUACUACCCUGGCUGCCCAAUAUUAGAAGUUCCUGGUCAUGCACACAAGUGAACAAAAAUGUGUAGCCGAUCUUGUAAGUAUCUAUCCUGGAAGCGGCCUCCCUUAAGUCAGGUCAGCCUAAAACUAGAGUCUAAACAUUGCCGUAGGGGAGACAGGCAGCUCAGCAUCAUCCUCGCCACACCAUCACUUAUGUAAUGCCGUCUUUAAUAGAUUCUCGCUAACAGCACUUGCCCCAAAAGUAUGUUAAGGCUAUACGGGGGAUCUUUGUCUUUGCAUUAUAUGCGCAGUGUAAGGAGGUGUAACAGUGCCAGUCCCAUAAUAGUAAAUAAACAAAUCCAAAACAAUAAACUUUAAAAAUCCGUUAUAGAGUUUUAUGUCAGAGCUCUGAGCGAGCAGUAACAUCUAGGAAGCCGCGCGAAAUGUCAACCACGGCAGCACGGUAACGAUCGCUCAUCGCUCGGCAGGGUUACCGAGGAUUUUACGCGCAAAUUCCGCGCGCUCAACGAACGUGUCGAAUGGAGAGAGAAAAAAAUCUCCCUCCAGGGUAAUCUGCAUGCCAUCCUGAAAGGGACGAGAAAUCAUUGUCACACGCCUGUCUGAUAGGAGCGGAGCCGUCCCAGCAAAUGUCUGGCUCCCAGGGGGCGUGUGAAUGAUUCUUUUUGACACUGUCAAAUAUUAUUAUUUUCAAUAUAUUUUACCCACAAUGAAUAUUUUGCAUUUUAAAGUGAGGGACCUUUCAUGAGCAAGGAAACCGAUUUAUCGCAUCGGAGCAAUUGCAUAAAUUAAGUAGCACGGCAUCAAAUAAUAGCUUCAUUGUAAUUUAUGAGAAUGUAAAUUUUUGACAUCCGAUUGUUCCAUGCAAUGAGAUUAACAAAUUUGUAUGAGGUAGGGCUGACACACCUCCUUGUCACCGAGCACAUUGUGCAACCAUCAAUUCUCCACUGAGGAUACUUGACAGCACGUUUCCCUGUGCCAUCCUCAUCACUUUCAAAGGCAAAGACUUUUGAAAAUGAGACUCUAAAGGUCAUAGGGGCUUUGCGUGUCUUGAAGUUGCUAAUACAGCAAUGAUUUCAAACGUUGCAUCUACACCAUAUACAUUAUUAAAUUAACAUGUAUAUUUAUCAUUUUAAAGCCCACACAAAGUGAUAUAUUUAUGAAACGACAAUACCAUAUCAAUAAUGUGCUCUGCUAUUGUCAGUAUUUUGAUGCGAGGCAAGGCAUCGGGAUAUCUGAAAUGAAUUGUUACGUUUAUAUUUAACAAAUCAUUAAGUGUUGGACUAAAACAGAUAUUUUUUAAUGUGUAAACGGCAAAAUACACAUUGUGCAUAAACUUCACAAAUGCUGCUCACACAUACAUGAAUCCCUCCCGAAUUUAGAUCAACUUGUGGUAGAUACAUGAUUCUCCCUUGCUUAUUUUAAAAGAGGUGUAAAUAAUAUUUUACAGAUGUUAUUGGUUUCGAAAGUGCUGUACACUUACAUGUCAAUGUGUAAUGGAUGUAGAAUUAGCGUGUGCGUGUGUGAGGGUUUCUAAUGUGUCAAGGUCUACUGUAGGAUUCCAAACCCUGCAACUUAGGAGUGUCAUCAUCGGCUGUCUAAUCAUGUGAUAUUACCACAUUCAAUCUGACCCAUUCUUGCUCUUGUUUUUUAAACAACUAAGCAAUACAUUUAAUUAAUUUUGUAGAUCGCAAACAUUUCACUUUUUAUUCUUACACGAGAUUUAAACGACAGUGUUGUUUCUUCAAAUUAAAUGGUGCAUCCCAUUGCCAACACAACAGCAAAAAAACACCCAAGCCCAUUAUUCCUCUAAAAUUUUAAAUAAUCUGCACCAAUUGUGGGAAAUCAACAGAUGUGGUAUAGUGCUGUCGGGUUGCGACACUCAAGUUUUCUUUGGCAUGAUGUCCGACGUUUCGCUCCAUGUGCUUGGAACUUCAGAAGCCGGGAGCUUGCUGGACAACUACCCCUGGAAAAAAAACACACAGUGGUCGGGGCGGCCUGCCGAAAAGAUCCCAGCACGUGGAGUCAACAGCACACGGCACGACAGCACAUCAGAGAGACACACAUCAUAACCGCAAAACACCUACGUGGAUGUAUAAAAAAUACGAUUCCUUAGAAUAACUGCCCCUCGCCGUACAAAACAGACGCUCGAGGCCGUCAAGAGAGAUAAGCGCCGCCCCAUCACUCACUUGAACAGGGACACACUUAUACAUAAUCACAAAUGUGAUAUGAUUGAAUUGGUUUUGCACGUGUUAUUUUUAAAUGUAUAAUUCCGUAUAUACCUUUCGGAAUUGCAUCUUGUUCAGAAAUUGUUCCGUGUUAAAAAUUUAAAUAAAUACACGAGUAGGUAAGGCCCCCAGAGUUGGCCGAUUGUAAUUUUUAAAAGUAGGCAGCCACUGACGUUCCCAUCUACGUUGUAGCCGCGACAUGUUGCGCACGUGCGAGAUUGAUUUCUGAACAGCGAGGCCUCAAUGGAAAACUUUGCUUCUCAACGAUUGUGUACUCACUGCCUGUGUGCACAUGAUAAACUGUGAUUUUUUUUAUUUGAUAAAUGUACAUGAUUUUUUCUCUCCACAUGACCGAUGGAGUAGUGAAAGUAUGAACGACGUAGUAGUGGCCUGUGUUAACUGGACCCUUGCAUCUUUAAAAUGCGCGAAUUGUUAUAGUUCAUUGUCGUUAUAAUUAUAUGAGUAAUCUUCCACAUGUAUUAACUUACUGUGAAGGAAGACACGAACAACAGUAAGUGCAGGUGUUCACCUUGUCGAAGAGGCACUCCAGCAUAAGUGGAGUCACUCCUGUCGCCGUUCAGCCGUGAAGUGGACAUUAGCCAACCCCCUAGACAUAAUUUGCCACUGCUGACAAUUUCGUGACAAUGCAAUUCACCAAUAUUUAAAAUUGAUGGUAAAAUAUAUGGCUGGAUGAGGUGGCCAUGCGUAGCUGUAAUUCCGAGCCUUGGAGGUGGGAUUGGUGAGUCACAAACAGAUGGUUGGCGACGUACGGUGCGAAAAAUGCGUGGCAGUGAGGUACCUAUGGGAACAAGUCGUUGACCUGUCUGUGCAGAAUUGGAACACUGUUCCUCACAUUUUGGGAUGUGUUCUCCACGCGCUCCAGUUUCCUUGCAGAGCAAAUCCAACAUGUAUAUUUGUACUCUUUGCUUCUAUUCGGCAAAGUCACGUAGGUAAAAAAA